CUGAAACUUCAAAGAAGAUUAUGCUUCAUUAAUUCCUUGAAAUACAUUACAAUUUGAUCUUCAAGCAAGGCUCUCUCUGGAAAGAAUAACCUGUGAGACAGAUCUGUUGGAAACAUGCAGCCCUACAAGCUCACCUACUUCAAUAUGCGGGGGAGAGCUGAGCUGUCCCGUUAUAUCCUGGCCUAUGCUGGGAUACCCUUCAAGGACCAAAGGGUGGAGUGGAAGGACUGGCCAUCCAUCAAGCCCUCUUUUCCCCUUGAACAGCUCCCGGUGCUGGAAGUGGAGGGGGGACUUCUGAACCAGAGCCUGGCCAUUGCAAGGUUCCUGGCCAAAGAAGCAGGUCUGGCGGGGCAAGGCCGGCUGCAGGAGGCCCAGGCAGACGCCAUAGUGGACAGCCUCAACGACUUCACCCUCAUGAUCCCCUGGAGGGAAGAGGACCAGCAGCUCAAGAAACAAAAGAUCGAUGGGCUCUUCGAUGUCCACGCCCCCAAGCUGCUUGGCUACCUGGAGAAACAGCUGGGCGACAGGGAGUGGCUGGUGGGCGAUGCGGUGACCUGGGCCGACCUGUACUGGCACGUGUGCUCCACCACCUUCAGCGUGCUGCGGCCGGGCUUCUCUGACCCCCACCCGCGGCUCUGCGCUCUGCUCCAACGCGUGGGGGGCCUGCCCGGGCUGGACCACUGGCUCCAGACGCGCCCCAAAACCGAAUUUUAGACCAGGGCAGGACCGGGUCCUCAGGAAAACCGGGCAAUCAAAAACCAACACACUGCUUGCUUUGUUAACAAUCAUGUUAAACAGCUUUGCUUCAGAGAUGCAAAAACAAACACAUAUAUCAUGCUCCUUAUUUUGAAAUGUAAUGGUGCAAGUCAAGUUUGUGUUUAUCAAAAUGCGCAUACGUCAUGAAGCUCUUUCAGCUAAAAUGCUGUGUGUCCCAUUAUAUCAAGGAACCUCCAUGUCAGACAUUUUCGCACAAUGUA